AACUAAAAUCAAAUUUCAAACUAAAUUCCCAGUGAAAACUACCACGAAAAAAUGGUAUCCAAAUUCGCUUGCGUGACUGCGGGGGGCCUCCACCUGAUUGGCGCCGCUUUCUUUGUGCCUCUGCCGGAGGACCAAUACUCGCCAGGCCCCAAACUGGGCAGCAGUUCCUUUCUUUUGGCCGCGUUGCUGUUCCUGAGCCACAUGCAGGUGAUUCCCAGGCGUUUCAUGCAAAUGGCACCGGGAAUCUUCGGUUUUGUGGAAGUGAUGUUCACCGUCUUCGUCACGGAGUGGCUGAUGCAUGUCCUGUGGUGCGGGGUGGAGCGCUUCAUCCACUGGAUGUCGCGCAUCUUUUGCCAGAACUGUUUGUGGUGCGAGUUCGUUGUGGAGUCCGUGUCGACCCUCCUGAUGGGCCUCGCGGCGCUGUAUGUGGUCUGCGAGGUGGUCUGUUCCGUGAAGAUGAAAAGUGCUGUGGAACGGGCCGCUGGCAGGGCCCUGGACAACCUGCCCAUUAGCCAGGGCAGUGGCUCAUUCGUUCAGAGGCUCAAGGAUCUCAGGACCUACAUCAAGGGUGCCAUAUACUUCUUCCGCCUCACGAGGGAGCAGCGGAUGCUCACCAUUCAGGUGUUUGAGGUGCAAGUGGCGCACGCAAGGCGCGGAUUUGUCCAGGAAUCGCAGGAAUUGCCGAGUGAAAGCCAGGAGGAACCCGAAGAGAUGCAGUGCCAUACCGAAGAGGAAGAUUCAGAGAUCCGGGAAUUGUAUACAGAGCUGCAGAGUCAGGAGGAACCCACAGAAGAACCCACAGAAGAACCCACAGAGGUCCUGAGUGAAGAAGAACCUUCAGAGUUUCCCAGCUACUACCCUCCGCUUUCGGAAGAUGAGAUGGCGUCCUUUGACCCUUGAGAGCAGAGAAUCCUUCCCUCACAGAAGACUAGCCACUGUUGCAAUCUCCAGAAAUUGUUUAUUAUUUAUACAAAUUUAUGCCACAA